UUGACUAUGAUGCCUGGCAUAAACAGAAAAAACAGCCAACGCAAAGCCCUCCCACAAGGCCUAGGGCCACGUCAGCACCGCCAAGGUUACCCAAAAGGCCAAGAUGGUCACCUUCUAUGGAAACACAAACGCCUGUGACACCUACACUUUCUACGUCACCUACACCACCGCCCAGGGAUCCUACUGCACCUUGCAUGACACCCAUACCACCACCAGCUGACAUGGGACAACAGUGUUUGUCAAACGGAAAAGGUAAUGUACAACCUAUUCUUAGUGUCAAAUCUAUGCUAGGGGUGUUUGUUUCCCACAAUAUAAAAGAAAAUAUUAUACAGAGGUCAAAUAUUGAUAUGGCCAGUGUUGCCUUGUUAUAA